GCCGCUAGCAGGUAGACGGGAGGUAUUGAAGGGCGCUGUUGGGAAACCAUGGCAUCGCUACGGCUCUUAAGGCUGCACCUGUCUGCGGGGAGCUGCCUCCUCUUCCUCCUUUGUUUCCAGUUCGGAGGAAGCCAAAAGAAGAAGGAGAAUCUUUUAGCAGAGAAGGUGGAACAGCUUAUUGAAUGGAGUUCAAGGCGCUCAGUCAUCCGUAUGAAUGGAGACAAAUUCAGAAGGUUUGUGAAGGCGCCACCUCGCAACUAUUCAGUGAUUGUGAUGUUUACAGCUUUGCAGCCACAGAGACAAUGCUCAGUUUGCAGGCAAGCUAAUGAAGAAUAUCAAGUAUUGGCUAACUCAUGGCGCUACUCUUCAGCAUUCUCAAACAAGCUCUUCUUCACUCUAGUUGAUUAUGAUGAAGGUGCAGAUGUUUUCCAGCAGCUCAAUAUGAACUCUGCUCCAACCUUCAUGCAUUUCCCCCCAAAAGGUAAGCCCAAGAGAGCAGACACAUUUGACCUACAGAGAAUUGGAUUUGCUGCAGAACAGUUAGCUAAAUGGAUUGCUGACAGAAUGGAUGUUCACAUCAGAGUGUUCAGGCCACCAAAUUACUCAGGUACUAUUGCCUUGGCCCUCCUGGUGUCGCUGGUUGGCGGUUUGCUCUACUUGCGACGAAACAACCUGGAAUUCAUCUACAACAAGACCGGUUGGGCAAUGGUUGCAUUGUGCGUUGUUUUUGCAAUGACUUCUGGCCAAAUGUGGAAUCACAUCCGAGGACCUCCAUAUGCUCAUAAAAAUCCUCAAAAUGGGCAAGUGAGUUAUAUACAUGGAAGCAGUCAGGCACAGUUCGUUGCAGAGUCCCAUAUUAUUCUCCUUCUGA